CGUACGUUACGUUACGUUACGUUACGUUACGUUACGUUACGCUGUUACCCUCUUAAACCAAACUUCAGCUGGAAAAGUGAAAUUUGUGACCGGAAACACAAACAGACUUAAUUCAGAAUGUGGAAGUUUAUAAUUUCUGAGUCGUCACCACCAUCUCCAAGCUGACGAAGAUGUGCGUCCUGCGUCUGACCCCGGACAACCUGUUCUUCGUCCUGUCGGGUAAAGUGGCCAACGGGGGGGUCAGCAUGUGGUGUGAACUGUCACAGGCCAACUUCUUCGACGAGUACCAGAUGGAGGGCGUGUCCUCUGAGGACAAUGAGAUCUGUCUGGAGGUGACUCCGGAGAACCUGUCCAGAGCCCUGAAGACGGUCCAGAGCGCCAAGUCCGUCAAACUCAAACUGACCAAGAAGCACUGCCCCUGCCUCACCAUCGCCGCCGAGCUGCCCACCAUGUCCAGCAUUAACCGAGUCGUGACUCACGACGUCCCGGUUGACGUCAUCCCCCGGAGACUCUGGCACGAGUUCAAAGAACCGAACAUGCCCGACUUCGACGUCAGCAUCUACCUGCCUCCCCUGAAGACGAUAAAGAACGUCGUGGACAGAAUGAAGAACCUCUCCAACUUCCUGGUAAUGGAGGCCAACCUGAACGGAGAGAUGAACCUGAAGAUCGAGACCGAUCUGGUUUCCGUCACCACUCACUUCAAAGACCUGGGGAAUCCUCCGUGGGGCGACGACGCCUCCCAGGACGGCGGUCCGUCUCAGAGCAGGGACCCGGAGGCCAUGGCCCAGGCCCGGGUGGACAUCAGGAAGCUGCAGCAGUUCCUCGUGGGCCAGCAGGUCAACCCCAGCAAGGCCAUGUGCAAUAUCGUCCACGAGAGGGUCGUCCACCUGAUUCUGCUGCACGAAGACGUGUCGCUGCAGUACUUCAUCCCCGCUGUGGCGUAGACGCUCCGCAGGCUGCACGACU